AUGGACCAAAAUCAGCAUUUGAAUAAGACAGCAGAGGCACAAUCUUCAGAGAAAAAGAAAACUAGAUGCUGCAAUGCAUUCAAGAUGUUCUUGGCAGCCCUGUCAUUCAGCCAUAUUGCUAGGACACUAAAUACAAGCAUUAUGAAAAGUUCCAUCACUCAAAUAGAAAGGAGAUUUGGCAUAUCCUCUUCUCUUGCUGGUUUAAUUGAUGGAGGCUUUGACAUUGGAAAUUGUCUUGUGAUUUUAUUUGCAAGUUAUUUUGGAUCCAAACUACACAGACCAAAGAUAAUUGGAAUCGGUUCUUUCCUUACGGGAAUUGGAAGUAUUUUUAUGGCUUUGCCUCAUUUCUUCAUGGGAUAUUAUAGGUAUUCUAAAGAAACCAAUAUCAAUUCAUCAGAAAAUUCAACAUCAACCUUAUUCACUUGUUUAAUUAAUCAAACUCUAUCACUCAAUAGAACAUCAUCUGAGAUAGUGGGAAAAGGUUGUGGAAAGGAACCUGGGUCACACAUGUGGAUAUAUGUCUUUGUGGGCAAUGUGAUCUGUGGAAUAGGGGAAACCCCCAUAAUGCCACUGGGGUUUUCUUACAUUGAUGAUUUUGCCAAGGAAGGACAUUCUUCUUUCUAUGUAGGUAUUCUGAAGGGGAUGGGUGCGAUUGGUCCAAUAAUUGGCUUUACAAUAGGAUCUGUGUUUGCUAAAAUGUACGUGGAUAUUGGAUAUGUAGAUCUGAGCACGAUCAGGAUAACUCCUAAGGACUCUCGUUGGGUUGGAGCUUGGUGGCUUGGCUUCCUUGUGUCUGGAUUGUUAUCCAUUAUUUCUUCCAUACCAUUCUUUUUCUUGCCCCAAAAUCCAAAUAAACCACAAAAAGGAAGGCAAGACUUAGUAUUUGUGCAUGUCCUGAAAACAAAUGAAGAAAGAAAUCAAACACCUAAUUUGCCCAACCGAGGAAAAAAUGUUACUGAAAAUGUGACUGGUUUUAUCCAGUCUUUGAAAAGUAUCCUUGUUAAUCCCCGAUACAUUUUACUCAUCCUUUCUAUAUUGUUACACUUAAGCAGCCUUUUUGGCAAUUUUAAUUAUAUAUUGAAGUACGAAGAGCAACAGUAUGGUCGGACUGCAUCUCAGGGUAACCUUUUGUUGGGACUCACAACCAUACCUUGUAUGGCAAUGGGAAUGUAUGUAGGAGGAUAUGUCAUUAAAAAAUUUCAAUUGACCUUAUCUGGAAUUGCCAAAUUUUCAUUUUUUUCUGCUACAAUAUCCUUUUUCUUUCAACUGUCACAUUUUGCUCUAAUGUGUGAAAACAAAUCAGUUGCUGGCCUAACUGUGAGCUACGACGGAAAUAAUCCGGGAGCAUCUCAUUUAGAAGUACCACUUUCUUAUUGCAACUCAGAAUGCAAUUGUGAUGAAAGUCAGUGGGAACCAGUCUGUGGGAACAAUGGAAUAACUUACCAGUCACCUUGUUUAGCAGGAUGUAAAUCUUCAAGUGGUAAUAAAAACCCUAUAGUGUUUUAUGACUGUCCUUGUGUGGAGGUACCUGGUCUCAGGAGCAGAAAUUACUCGGCCUCUUUGGGUGAAUGCCCAAGAAGUGAUGCUUGUGCAAGGAAAUUUUACAUUUAUAUUAUAAUGCAAGCUUUGAUUUACUUUUUCUUUGGACUUGGAGGCCCCUCGAAUAUUAUUCUGACUGUUAGGCUUGUUCAACCUGAAUUGAAAUCACUUGCAGUGGGUUUCCAUGCAAUGUUGUUACGAUCAGUAGGAGGACUUCUAGCUCCAAUAUAUUUUGGUGCUCUGAUUGAUAGAACAUGCAUGAAGUGGUCCUCCGAUAGCUGUGGGAGACAAGGGUCUUGUAGGAUAUAUAAUUCCACAUUAUUUGGAUGGUUCUACUACAGCUUGACUGUAGGCUUAAUAUUCCUAGCACUUGUCCUACAGAUUAUAUUAAUUUAUGCCAUAAAGAAAAAAUAUCAAGAAAAAGAGACCAGCUUUUCUGAAAAUGGAAGAAGAGUAAUACAUGAAGCAAACCUCUAAUUCAUGAAUAACAAUGCACAUUUUGUCCCUUCAGCUGAAGCAGUGAAACAUGUAAUUAAGUGGAGAAAAAAAAAAAAAAAACGUUUCUGCUAUUGUGUUUCAAACCAGCAUUGUGUUGAUUCAGUAAUAAGAUGUUAGUUUUGAGCAGUUCCUGGUCCUUUUACUGAUGAUGGAAUUUUUUCUCAUUCUUUACUUAUGAUGGAACAAUAAAUCAGCCUUUGAAUUUAUAAUAAA